AGCAACUCUUGCAAGACUCAGUGCACUGGCAAAUGCAGGAUAAAAUGUUUUCCACCAAGGCUAUAGUAUUGGUCCGACUUGUACAACGCAUGUCAUACAACGAUCUGUCAACUCUCUACAAUAAGGUUUCAAGAAUCCCUGUUGCUAGAAAAAACCUAUUGAUUUCAUGUGUGCAUGCGGGUAAUUUGAUCACAGUGAAGUUCAUCAAGGACAAGGCAGUCAGUGGAGAACUGGCUUAUUCUGACCUGAUUUGGCUUUUGCCCACAACCUUCCAUUUUGCUAACCCAGAUAUUACAAAAGUGGAGGAAACUGCUAAAGUGACAGCAGAAUUACUUUCCAAAAUCCCUGACAAAACAUCUUUCCUUGGAAAAGCAACCUACCUGGCAUAUGGGACUAUGGUGAACAGGCAAUGUUCUACUUCUCGAACUUGUCAUCCUAAAUUGCUUGAGCCUCUCCACAACAUCCUAACUGAGGCAGUUCGGGAUAAAGAAGAAAACAAAAUGGUAUUAGGCAUGAAAGCUAUUGGCAAUGCCGGUCAGAUCAGCAGCCAGAAACAUAUAAAAGUCCUGUGUGAGACUGCUAAAUAUCCUGAAUACAUCCAGGUCGUUGCAAUUCAGACCCUAGCGCAAAUCGGCAAGCAGGAUCCUACAAAGGUAAGUGGCAGAAGACAUGUCUUUGUUAGAGUAGGUAAAAACUUUGUGUGUGUGUAUGUGUAUGUGUGUGUGUGUAUAUGUAUAUGUAUAUGUAUAUGUAUAUGUAUAUGUAUAAUGGUCUUGCUUUCAGGUAACUGCAAAAUUUUGUAACCCAGCUAAAAGUUU